AUGGGGGAAGUUAGUAUCAGGGAGGUUGGAGACACAGUGGAGGGGAGGGGUGAGGGUGGCUCUGGUUGGGGAGGUGGUGCAGGAGGCUCUGGUCGGGGAGGUGGUGGAGGUGGCCCUAGGUGGGGAAGGGUUGCAGAAGCUAGUGGUUCUGAAGGUUAUAGAGGUGGAGGAGUUGGGGGCUCUAGAGGGCAGGGUGAUGGUAGAAGGGUUGAGGCAUCUGGUGUUGCUGUUGGUGGUGAGGGUGGAGGUGGAGUGGUCGUGGCUUCCACACUAUUUUCAUACUUUGGCAGCCUGAAUCAAUUGGAGCAGGAGAUUGGUGGUGAUUAUAAGCCACAGUUUGAGGGAGGUUCAGUGGACCUUAACAUCUAUCUGAAUGAAGUGCCGAUUGGUUACCAGGGAGGUCUAUUUGCUACGGGUGGCACUCCGACAUUUGUCUUGGGUGGACAUAUGUAG